AUGGCAACAACAACCGAAACAAUAAACACUCACAAAAAAACCCUGCCGCUUAGUGGGGAAUACUGGGCCCAAUUUGAAGUUCCGCUUUCCUUACGGAUUCCACGAGCACCAGGACCAAAUCAAACCGAAAUGCCAUCUAAACGCUUCAGCAUACCCCGUUUUUCUCUUCAACCGCGAGAUUCAUCGUCAUCCCUUUCCGAUGCGACUUCAAAGCCCACGCAGAAAAAGGAAAAAAUGCGCCACGACAAUCUUCCCCCGUUGGUCAUACCCCGAAGAAACUCCUCACACCAAGCUUUGCUUCUUCAACUCCAAGUCAUCUCCGUCCCAGGGGCAAUCACGCUGAAGAAAACCUCGUCGGACCAAUCAAUCCAAAAGCGACAACCCCAAAGACCUCAUCAACCACCCUACCAACACUACCAACACGAACGAGUCUACCACAAACCAGCAACAGAUCCCUCUUCACAAAGGGUAUCCUCCGCCCAAUGCCCAGUCAUCAGACCGGUCCCCAUCCCCAUCCCCGACCUCCCACCCGUCCCCCCUGUCCCCCUCAGCAACUACCCCCCCAACUCCUCCUCCACCACCCGCCGCCUCUCCCAGGUCAUCAAGCGAGCCCGAAGCAGGAGCAAAAGCCGGGACCGUCGCAAGUCCACCAAACCAGCCGAACCAAUCCCCGAAACGCCCUUUCUGGCCUCUGCACCCUACGGAACAGGCAACAAGCUCAACCCGGGCGCCCCCUUCUUGAAUGAUGCCCCUAUCGUCGUCGAGCCAGAAACCCCCUUUCUGGCGCUGAGACUAGAGAGGAACAUGAACGGCCCCUCUUUUGAAGACGACGAUUUUCUUGCCGUGAUGAGCAAAGGUGGUAAGACGCCGCCUGACUCGGCCAUGACGAUGGGGAGUUUCCUCUCACAAUAUAAAUACCCGCCUGUGACGAAUCAGCAGCGUCUGGUGCAGUCGCCUAUUGGGUAUGGCGAGGAGGAGGAUGCAAGGGCUGUUUUGCCUAGUCAGAGUCCAAAGAAGGGGUCUAGGGACUCGGAGUGGGCGCAGAAAGAGAAGGCGUUGAAACGGUCGAGUGCGGUUUGUGGUGGGGUGAGGAGCUUGAAUGGGAAGGAUGGUAUGAGUCCUCGGGUGGCGGGGAAUGGGUUUUCUGCUGGGGGAGGGAGGCCGGUGUCGUUGCCGCCGUGGAGUAAGAUUCUGCCGACGGGGCCGAGGAAGUCGGGGGAGGUGAAUAUGGCAGAGAUGUAUGCGAGGAUGGAUCCUGAGAGUGGUCAUGAGGCGAGGGGACAGGGGAGGGAGAGGCAGUUGGUGGAAGUGAACGAGGAAAAGGCGGAGAGGAUGGAUAGCUUUAAUAGUGUUAUCUAUUCGAAAACGUGCGUGGCUCAUGAUUUGGAUGGGAGGGAAGAGUGGAGGAGGUCGAGGGUGGUUAGUCAGAAGGAACCGGAGCAGGAGUUGGUGGAUGAGUUUGGGGAGAGGGAAAAGGAUGCUUUGAAGGAGUUGUUAGAGUAUAUGGAUUCGAUUUUGGGACCGACUGACAAUCCUCCCAUGAGGUCGGGUGCCAGGUGUAUUGGUGGUGAUUGGAGCAAGGAGCAGAGUUGGUGGAGGGAUGUGAGGAGGAGCUUGCAGUAA